AUGGAACUUACACCACCGGCAAUCAUUCCAGGAAGUAAGAUUCCUCACAAAGAUGCUAAUAUUUUACGGGAACGCGUAUCUCGGCUGUUAGGACUCCGGUCGCUAAAUUUUCCAGGAGCACAACCCGUUUCAUUUGCUAAAAAGCACCUUCAAACAGUAAAGGAACACGACUACUAUGUUUGUGAAAAAAGUGAUGGAAUCCGAUGUUUAAUGUACAUGACGAUGCAUCAUGCUACACCAAAACGAUAUGCUGUGUACUUAAUAGACCGGAAAAACGAUUACUACCUCGUUCCCAAGGUGUGGUUCCCUACUACAAACGACCCAAACGACAGUCGGCUGCACACAGAGACACUGAUUGAUGGAGAGUUAGUGAUGGACUCAAUUCAAGGCAAGUCACAGCUCAAGUUUCUUGUGUUCGACUGCCUCGCUUGCAACGGCCGUUUAUACACCAACCGACCACUCGACAGACGCCUUGGUGUGUAUCGCGAAUUUGUUGAGAAGCCUCUGCGGACACUGGUGAAGGCGAAGCCCAAGGUGCUGGCAGUUAUGCCUUUUCACGUUGAAUUUAAGCUGAUGCAACGAGCUCAUGGUAUCGAGAUGAUGUUCCGAGAGAUCAUUCCAAAGUUGCACCAUGGAAGUGACGGACUCAUCUUUACCUGCAUUGAAACCCCUUAUGUAACGGGAACAGACGAAACACUGCUAAAGUGGAAGUCUCGCGAGAGCAACACCGUGGACUUCUUGCUUGAGCUGCGGUUUACGGCAAAACUCGACACAGGAGAUAUAGAUUACUCGGCGAUGCCGGAAAUGCCGCUUUCUAUAUGGGAAGGCGGUAAACGGUACUCAUACUUUGCCGAUUUGUACCUCGAAAACGAGGAAUGGGAGAAGUUGAAGGAAAGCAACACACCACUUCAAGGUCGCAUUGUAGAAUGCUACCUGGAUGAACAAAAUCGGUGGCGUUUUAUGCGUUUCCGGGAUGAUAAGCAGAACGGCAACCAUCGGUCAACGGUUCGUAGUGUCAUCGAAAGUAUCGAAGACGGUGUGACUAAAGAGGAGCUUCUGCAUGAGGCUUACUACAUUCGAAAAAGCUAUUAUGAACGAAAGGAGCGACGUGAAGCCCGACACCAUGACAACCCAGAAACACAUUCUGUCCGUGAGGCAUCUAAAGAGCCAGCUGCCAGCGGUGCCGAAAAGCGAAAACUAACCCCAGAGUCUGAGGAAAGCACAAAAAGAGCCAGAGCUGCUGAUUAG